AUGAAGACGCUGACUGGACCUUUUGUCCUGUGCUUGUGGCUGCGGCUGAACUGUGUGAGCAGAGGAGAGAAGCUGGAGCAGCCUUCUCUCCUGAGUGUCCAGGAGGGAGGCAGUGCCGUUAUCAACUGCACCUACACAGACAGUGCAAAUUAUUACUUCUACUGGUACAAGCAAGAGCCUGGGGCAGGUCUCAAGUUCCUUAUGAAUGUUCUUUCAAAUGUGGACAGGAAAGAAGAACAAGGACUUACUGUCUUACUGAAUAAGGAGGACAAACGUCUCUCCAUGAACAUCACAGCUGCCCAUCCUGGGGACUCAGCCACAUACUUCUGUGCAGCAAGUGCACAGUGCUCCCCAGGCACCUGCUGCCUCAUGUUUUCUGUCAUCUGUUUCAAUAUCGUGAUCCUCUUGAUGUUUAAGAAGAGUAAUGCAGAGUCCGUAACUCGGACAAAACAUCCAGUGACUCUCACAGUGGGGGAAUCUCUGAUCCUGAGCUGCACCUAUCAGACUCCUUAUUUAGAUCCUCUGCUUUUCUGGUACGUGCAAUAUCUCAACAAAGCCCCUCGGCUACUUCUGAAGAGCUCCACAAACAACAAGAGGACAGAGCAUCAAGGGUUCCACGCCACUCUCCAUAGGAGCAGCAGCUCCUUCCACCUGCAGAAGUCCUCGGUGCAGCUGUGGGACUCUGCCCUGUACUACUGUGCUGUGAGUGACACAGGGAGGGAGACUGCAGGGGAAGCUGCACACAAACCAAGAGGGCAAGAGGGCUGAGAGGAGCGGCCCUGUGAAGGAGA